CAUGGGAGGUUUCUCAUUCGUCUACCAUGAUCUUGAAGGGGCGUAACUUCCUCAUUUCACUUUCUCACUACCUAUCACAAUUUUGGAGGUCCUAAAAUGCCAGGAUAAUGCCAAACCAGGGACGGACUGACCAUUUGGAAACUUGGGCACUGCCCGAGGGCCCGGGGUCAGUAGUGGGCCCCAUGAGAUGCCCCUGGUACCUUUUUCAAAGGCUUUUUUGAGUUUGGGCAAGGACACAGGGGCCCCAUAAUCUCCUAUUACCCGGGGGCCCCAUGA